AUGAUUGACGUCUGGCAUAGGAUCAGAGAAGUUUACCAGGAAGUUGAACAAAACCCGCCCCAGGUAACAACUUACAGUCUUAAAAAAGUGUGUUGACAAUACACUCGUCCUCAAGCGGAGAGAAUCGUUAUUCUGUCGCGCCAUGAAACUGCAUCAAGAACUUCAAACUGAUUGCACUCAUUAUGCGCGUGCGCUUAGCUAACUUAUGGGUUCCCUGUGCAUUGACGAAAUAUAUAGAUUUAGCCAGGGCUAAAAGCGAAAUAAAAUCGUGUAAUGCUAAAAGGGGACAACAAUGAAAAUGGCUUCAAGACUAAUAGAUCUAAUUAACAAAAAAAACAAAUUGCACGUCUAGCACACUUUUUCUUCUAAUUAGCAAAAAAAAUUUGCACGUGCAGCACGUUUUUUUGUCUUCCCCUUGUUUUGCACGACUACAACGCUGUUUUGUAGGACUAAAACGUCAAACCUCCUAGUUACCCAUUAUUUUUAUGGAGGAAUUGUCGUAUGUGCUUACCCAAUAUUUUGUUUCCUGUGUUCAUGUUCGCUUUUAUUUUUCACUACCACUCAUUUUCACCUUGCCGGGCCGCUAGCAUUUCUUAUUUUCUCACCGCCACUUUGAAUUUCCAUGGCAAUUACUCGCUCACAUAAGGGAUUUGCACACAGUAAUGUUAAUUUAGUAUGACAUCAUCCAUGAAAGCUGUGCUUUCAUUCGCAGGAUGAUCUAUGUGAAUGUUUAUUGGACACCACUUCUAAUGGUAUCUACCAGGCGGUACACUGGGUAGCUGAACACUAUAAAUCAGGAACUCCUAUUACACUUCUCAACCGACCCAUUCCCAAGCUGAAGAACGCAAAAUCCUGGAAAGUCUGGAAGAAACGUUUGCUGUACUACUACAAGCGUCCAUCGCUUUACGAUAGCAGCCUGUUCUUGUACUGCGCUACCAAAGACUUCUGA